UUCUCCCUGCAAGUCGAUCAGCUCCGAAUCCCCACCGGAUCGCUUACAAUCGUGGUGGGGCUUGUCGGCAGCGGCAAAUCCUGCCUCCUAGCAGGCCUUCUAGGGGGUAUGUCAACACGCAACAACGACAGCGACAACGAAGCGGAGGACCCGACUUUCAUCAAAGACAACACCGCCUACUGCUCGCAAGAGCCGUGGAUCCAAAGCGGAACAGUCCGCACCAACAUCCUGUUGUGGAAACCGUACGGCGAGCAACGGUAUGCGGACGCGAUACGUGUUUGUAGACUGGAGCAUGAUUUGAAGAUGUUUCAUGAGGGGGAUCGGACGGAGAUCGGGGAGAAGGGGAGUAACUUGUCUGGAGCGCAGAAGAUGCGCAUCGCGCUGGCUAGGGCGGUCUACAACGAUUCCGACGUGCUUCUUCUGGACGACCCGCUUGCUCCUCUCGAUGCGCACGUUGCCGCACACGUCUUUGACAAGUGUAUCACUGCCCUUCAAGACCAAGCCCCGGAGUGA